CACACACACACACUCCUCACACCGUCUCCUGACUGCUGCUGGUACCGGAACCUGAACGAGGCUUGGGGCGGGGAAACAACUUCCAGUGUUCAGCUGGCUCCUGUAGGGGAGGGCAGCAUCGAUGCCCCGACUUGGACCUGUUCUCCUUCCCAGGCCUCCUGCGGUGAGAGGAUGAGAGGAUGGCCGAGCAGCGGCGCGGGGACCACGGAGGGCUGACGGGUGCUGCUGCGGCGGCUCACCGGGAUGAGCAGCAGCAUCACAACACGAUGAAUUCACCGGAGGAAGCGGGAGCGAUCGAGGCUCUCUCUCUGGAAGAGAUACUGAGGCUUUACAGCCAACCCAUCAAUGAGGAGCAAGCAUGGGCGGUGUGUUAUCAGUGCUGCAGGACGCUGGCAAAGGAGCACCGGGACAGGAGGAGCUCCUCCGCCGCCGCCGGUGCAUCAUCCGCGGCUUCGAUGAGGAUCUCCGGAGCGGGGGAUGUAAGGAUACAGAAAGACGGCUCUGUGAGGGUGGAUCACCAGGGCUGUGAAGGUAAAUUCAACCCUUGCACAACAACAGAGGUGAUUGAGUCUCUGGGCAUCAUGAUCUACAAAGCUCUGGAUUACGGGCUGAAGGAGAACGAGGAGAGGGAGCUCAGCCCUCCUCUGGAGCAGCUCAUCGACCUCAUGACCAACAUGGCCGAGGCCGAGAGGGACGCCUGCCCCGACGAGGGCUACGAGGCAACAGAGGAAGAGGAUGAGCCCGAGGAUGAUCCUGACAACAUCUGCAGCGUCCACGGCUACAGAGAUAUCCUCAAGCUGUGCACAUCCCACCUCCCCAGUCUGUCGGACGUCCCCGGUCACUACCAGGCCGUGUGCCGGGCUCUCUACACAGAAACCAGGGAGCUGGGUACUUUCCUGGAGAAGAUCAGAAGUGCCAAAGAGAACCUCCGUAAGAUGGAGGAAGGGUCAUCAGAGGGGCCUGGCAAAGACCUGGAUGAACUACAGACAGAUGACUGGGCUCGGUUCUGGGUUCAGGUGAUGAGGACCCUGCGUGAAGGAGUCAAGCUGAAGAAGGUGCAGGAUCGUCAGUAUAACCCCCUGCCCAUCGAGUUCCAGCUCACCCCCUAUGAGAUGCUAAUGAACGACAUUAAGUCCAAACGCUACAACCUGCGCAAAGUCAUGAUGCAUGGAGACAUCCCACCCAGGUUAAAGAAGAGCGCUCAUGAAGUCAUCCUGGAGUUCAUCAGGUCCAGACCACCCCUCAACCCUGUGUCGGCUCGCAAGCUGAAGCCGCUGACUGAGCUUCCUCCGACCCUGCAUGAGAGGAUCCUAUCGGAAAUCAAAUCAGAGAGGAAACUCAGACCUGUGUCGCCUGGUGAGAUGCGCAGGGGCAGGCUGGUAAUUCGGCCACUUAGCAUGUCUUUCAGUUUUGAUGCGUCAGGUUUUGGCAAAACUCGCAGUAUGCCUCAGGAUUUGUUCCGUACCGGAGUAGAUGAGUUUAGUCCAUACAUGGGCAGGAGGACGUCCAGCACUCUGUCUCUGACCAACGGCUCCACAUCUUCCAGGGGACAACCCUCGGGAUCCCAGUCUGUUCCUCAGAGGAAGAGGCUCCUGAAGGCGCCCAGCCUCGCCGAGCUGGACAGCUCUGACUCUGACGAUGACAUAUUUGGGCACAAGUCCGCCAGCAGCUCCAGCGUGGCUACGUCUUUGAUGGAUGAUACAUCCCCAGAGUGUGCUGUGGGGAAGAAAACUCCCCCCAUGUUCCUGCCCAUCUCUUCAACACCUCAGCCAGAGAGGCGUAAGACCCCCCUGAGGAGACACUCCAUCGAGAAGGAAACCCCGACCAACGUCCGACUGUUUCAGCCGCCUUCUAAAAAGAGCUCUAAGUCUCUGGAGGAGUUCUGCUUCCCUGUGGAGUGUCUCUCUCUGACGGUGGAGGAGGUGAUGCACAUCAGACAGGUGCUGGUAAAGGCAGAGCUGGAGAAGUUCCAGCAGUACAAAGAGGUCUACAACGCCAUGAAGAAGGGAAAGCUCUGCUUCUGUUGUCGAACCAAAAGGUUUUCCCUGUUCACCUGGUCCUACAUCUGCCAGUUUUGCAAAAAGCCUGUGUGUGCACAGUGCUGCAAAAAGAUGCGGCUGCCGUCCAAACCUUAUUCCAGCUUGCCCAUCUACUCCAUUGGCUCCACCAACACCCUCCCCAGGGAGCGGGUGAAUGCCAUUGCUGCCGUAGGACAAGGGUUCUCUGUGGCUGGAGGGCCGGGGCCGUCAGCAGAGGGAGGGGCCGCAGCGCCUCCCACUUUGAAAGCAGAAAAAAAGGGGGCAUCUAUAGGAGCUGGAAAAGCCUCUGGAGCCACAGCUGCUGCCAAAUCAGAGAAGUCCUCCAGCAGCCCACAGCGCCACGGCCUGCACAAGACCAUAUCCAAGUUAUCCAAGCACGGCUCUUUAAAGUCUCACGAGGAACUGGAGCUGCCCUCAGAGCUGACGGAGGACUGGGCCACCAUGGAGGUGUGUGUGGACUGCAAGACGUUCAUCACUGACAUUAUCGCCUCCAGCAAGCACAGCCUGUCCCUGGCCACCAAGAGAGCGCGCCUAAAACGCAAGACCCAGUCCUUCUACAUGUCCUCCCCUAAAGGACGGGAGGAGUACCGGCCGUCAGAACGGACAAUCAAGGAGAUCUGAAACUCCUCAUCUCUCUAUCUCUGGCUCCUUCCAGCUCCUUCGGCACAAUUAGAAGCACUCAGCACUGGGUAUGAUCUUACUGUACACGUAUACUCAGAUUUGGACCUCGGUGGUGGACGGUGUGGUGUUUGUCGCUGUUUUCUGAUCGUCGUGAAUAGCUCUUUCAGACAAGAGCAUACAGUUGUUUUUUUUACCAUAUCAUAGAUGAUCCUUUAAUCUCUGGCCACAGACUUUUGAAUUACUUCAUUACCCGGGUGGUCCAACCCAACUCACAUUAAAAUCUUUAAGCACAAGACUGAAGACGGACUGUUGGCCCUGCAGAGAGACUUUAAUGUAACUGAGAGUGACUCUACGGAAUAACAAACUGUACAUUUUCUAUGGGUUUAUUUUUUUUACAUGUGUGUAUACGGUAAAUGAUUGUUCGAUGAAGUCCCUCUGUUUUAUUUUGCUGAUGAUGAUCAAUGAAACUCCUCCCACUUUUCUCUUUGCAAAGCAUAUUUAAAAGCAUGCUUUCAAAAAAAAAGCAAGCCGUUCUUUGCAUCACAAUUAAAACAAAUAACUGGUUUUCAUUCAAAUGUAGUGCCAAAUGAUAACAGCUUUCUUAUCCAUGUCACCCCAAACAAAAAUAUGUGCUGUUGUCUUACAAGAUGAGACAAACUGGGGCCCUGGAAAUCUGUUUUUAAAUCUCAGUUUCUCAGAUGGAAAAACCAAAACUAGAUGCUAAUAAUAAAACUAAUGCUAAGCUAAUCAGAUUUAAUCACAUAAGACUUGCACUUUCAUAAAGGAAUAAUUCUAAGAAGAAAAGUGAAGCUGCAGAGAUGUUGUUUCUCCUUCAUGUGUGUUUGUCUGUCUCCAUUAGUUAUAUCUGGGUCACGCUCAAAAACAUUUCCCAUGAUGCAACACUUUUAUUAAAACGUUCCAGUCUGGUAAAUAACCACAUCUUCCACACUCCACAGCCCCAGUUGGGGAGAUCCCAAAAGAGCAGACGUAAAUGAACAGAUAAAUAUGUUGUUGUAAUAUUCAACCUUAUUGCUACUAGUAGAGAAGCAGAUUCAAAAUGUUUUUAGGGCCAUUAAAGCACAUUUAACCUACUGUCCAUUCAUAUGCAACUAACUACAAUCACUAAGAGUAAAGCAGGUAUAGCAACAUUUUUACCUUCUGUACCAUGUGUCAGUUUUUUCAGUUGUGCCAUGUCUUGAUUUACAUAUGCAUUUUUAAAUGUAUCUUUGCGUUGAUAAAUAUAUAUUAAAUUGUUUACUUUUCUUUACAUUAAGUAUUUGUAUUGUGUAAGGAUUAGUCAUAAUUAACACCUCAUGUUUUGUGUACAGAUGCACAGUUCACUGUACAGACUUCAGGAAAAAACCAUCAUACUGUAAGUCUCAAUAUGAUGCCUUUAGGAUUUCUCUCCCUCAUUCAGAGUCUCAUUACUGACCUGGGUGUCUAUUUUGUUCUUUAUAACACUCCUCAUUAAUAUAUUUCUGCCUUAAUAACUGCCUUUUUUUACUAUCACACUCACAUAUUGAACAGUCAUCUACUGUACCUGUACAUACUUCGUUUCUAAAGGUGUGUUUGUAGGUCCGGUGUGUUGCCUGUAUGGUGUCAUGGCGGUGAGACUGUUGUAGAUCUGUCUCUCUGAGAGGGGAACUCUCCCAGUGCAUUAGGGUGUUCAGGGCAGAGUCCACAGUGUGACUGCAUCAUGCAUGUACUACGGUGUAGCUUGUACCCUCAGUCUGUAUUACCUUUAAGAUGUACCUCCCUGCAGAGAGUGCAACAAAAUGAUGACUACAACAAUAAACUCUAAUGCAAUACCUGA